AAUAUUUCAAAUUUGCGCCCUAAGGAGCACAUUUUUUAAUGGUUCUGCAGCAGAUUGCCUGAACUGCACACGGAAUCGGAGCUAAGGCCCGCCCUCCCCCCACCUUUUGCAACGGCGCCAAAGAAAACGAAGCGAGUUCGCUUGAGGAGAUUGACAGCUGGGCACCACUAUAUGUAGCCAGCCAGAAGGGAGAGCAGACUGGACAGCCCAGCCACGAGAUACACGCGAUACCCUGAACAUUCGAGUCCAGGCGUUAAGGACUUUGUGAGCAUGAUACCACACUGUGGAUACCGUUACAUGUGGAACCGUGAAAUUGUGAUCAAUUCGCAAAAGUUGGUGAAACGACGCUAAACAAGCAAGACUGUCCACCGGAGCUGUCCACCCACAUUGCGGCAGCAGUUGAGUCCCAAGGACAGGAACGGAUACAGGAAUCAAGGGACAGACACAGACACAGACACUUACUCCAGACUAGAAUUUUUCUGCCUUGGAAACUCUUAAGAUACUUUCUGCCACGUGUUGAGUUAUUGAGUUAUUUUCCAUUAUUUGUAUAUUGAUUUUUUGUUACGCUAUUUACUCGGCCUAAGUGCUGGACCAACAGCCAGUCGACUGUACAUUCAAAAUUGACUCUGUGAUUUUUUACCCCUUCUAUUGCGAAUAUUUCUAAAAAAUAUAUCAUAUCAUUAUUUACGAAGCGCAUCUCGUUAACACUUAGCAAUCUUAGGUUCUUGUCUAAUUCUAGGUACAUUGAUUUUUGAUCAAUAUUAUAGUAGUUAAGGUUCUUUUGCCCAUUAACUUGAUUAGUUUAGACUAAAAAUAUCCCAUAUAUUGGGCCUUUGUUUAUUACUUUUUUUCUACUGCCUGUACUUUUACUCUACCGAAACUUAAGAGACAAUUGACCUUACCAUACAUUCCACAUCACGAUUCUCGCUGCUGCCGCAAACAUGAGUACAUAUAUAUUUAUGCAAGCCUAUGAAUGCCUCCUGGACCAAAAGGCUCCUCUGAACUGCAUCGAUUAUGACACAAACAGCUAUCAGCCCAACAUUGAUGUGGUCAGCCAGCCGAUAAUACCCGUAACCAAAGUACAAUUCCCAGCAUCCUCUCCUGCUUCUCUGGUGGCUGCCUCCGAGUACCAGCUAGGCGAUUCCCCAUCUCUGAUCCUGCAACAAUUGACGCCACCCCAGUCGCCGCCCCAAUUCGAUGUCUACAAACAGCCCGAGCCCGUGCUGGUCAAGGCCGAGCAAAAGGUGCAAUGCUAUGCCUCGGAUGCUGCUCCCGCAGCCACCUUCAACUUCAACAACUGGGUGGGCGGCAGCGAAAUUGCCCGAGAGAUCCAGCUGGUCGAUGAUAUUGUCAACAUGCGUGCUCAGGAGCUUGAGCUCUUCAACGACGAUUGCGAAUCUCAGGCCUCGUCCUCGCUGGACAGCAGCAGCGGCGUCAGCGGACUGAGCGGCAGCAUUGCCGAUGCGGAUGAGGAGUGGCUCCCAGAGCCGAUCAGCAGCAACAGCUCCUCGCCAGCCCACACAUCCGUGGAGGUUGAGAAGGCGGCGGUGCAAGGCCCAAAGAAGCGUACUCGCACCUACGGGCGCGGCGUCGAGGAUCGCAAGAUUCGGAAAAAGGAGCAGAACAAAAAUGCGGCCACGCGUUAUCGCCAGAAGAAGAAGCUCGAAAUGGAGAAUGUUCUGGGCGAGGAGCAGGUUCUAUCGCAGGAGAACGAGAAGCUGCGCUGCACUCUGCGGGAGCGUCGGAACGAGAUGCGCUACUUGCGCCAGCUGAUACGCGAGUUCUACCAGGAGCGCAAACGCUAGGCUUUUUCAUGUCUCACCUUUAAGUUUUCUUGUCUCUUUUGCAAAGUUAUAGUUAUCGUUAAACCCCAAGCCUCCCCCAAAGUCUCACAACAACCCCACAACUUUCUGUAAUACACAAAUUAACACACCAAUAGUUCACCAACAAUCUAAAAAAAUAACAAUGUACGCAGCCCGUCUUGGCCCCCACUUUUUGGCACUAAUGACGAGUCCCCGCACUCCGAAUAACCCCUUGCCGGUGUGGGCCAUGGACAAACUGACAUCCAGAGCAGCAAAGGCCAGUGUGUCGCUUCACUGAGACACCAUAAUAUGCACUAUAUAUCAAAAACCCCAAUGAAAACCUUUUAUUGUUGCAUAAAUUGUUUAUAAACAAAUUACCCUCUGCUGCGGCUGCUGUACAUUAUUUUGCUUGAUUUUAAUUUUGGACAUUGGUUAGCCUCUUGACAAAUAGAUUUACUUUAAUGUUUCUUUCUUAACAAUAAAACAUAUACAGAAUAUUAUUCAACGUAUGUAUCAGCAAUAAAUCAAAAGGGUUUUCAAAAGAAAAA